CACAACUACCACCGCAUACAAUCCACCACCUAUUCCACAACUUGUCGGCCUUGCAGCACAGGAAGCAGCAAAAGAGACAAGGAUCCCAUCGACACUCGUUAAACUCCUACUUUGCACUGCCCGCCUGCCCUCCCUCGGCCUUCGCCCAUUUCGCAAAGUGGCUCACGACUGCAUUGUUCAUCAACCAACUGCAGCAGCACUCUCUCCCCACUUUUAACCACAUUGCCUACACCCGACCCGAAAUCACAAGCACUUGCAUAGGCCUCCACACCCUAAGCCCCCAAGUCGAGCCAACAUGGCCAUCGACGACGCAGUACCCGCAGCAGCCGCAACAGGCGCUUCAACCCCGGUUCCAAAGGGCCCGUCACCGCCCUUGUCGACAGACAGCCGGAGGACCAGUAGUCGCCGCUCACCCACAAAGCAGCAGCCACCCCAACCACAGACGCCCGCGAGAUCCACGCGCUCACUAUCAGGCAAGGCAUCGAGCGAGAACCCCCAGAACCCAUCGACCCCAGCGUCUGCAUCACGCCUAAAGUCGGAGACCAAGAAGCGAAAGCCGACGUUUGUGACAUGCCUCACCUUCCCCGAGGUCGGUUCCCAGCCCACAACCAUCGUCAAGGAGGAGCCCGACGCUGGCGGGCGCUCGCAGCGCAAGUCCAAAGUCGAGGCAAUGAACAAGAUUGACCGUGCGGGCACUCCUACCGCCGUCGCGUCCGCUCCGGCCGCCACCUCGUUUGUGCCCCCACCGCCGCCGCCAGCAGGCCCGUCCGUGUCGCGCAACCCGCUCAAGAAGCCGCAGGUGGUCAACCCUCCGUUCGACAUCCACUCGGUCCGUACCUCAGCCCCGAGCGACCCCGGACCCACGAACGAGCCUCGUCUCUUCGACCUCCCCACCUGCCCCGAGUACAGGCCCACCUCCGACGAGUUCCGAGACCCUAUGGCGUACAUUGAGUCCAUCGCGCCAGAGGCGAAGAAGUACGGCAUCUGCAAGAUUGUCCCCCCAGAAGGAUGGCAGAUGCCCUUUGAACUCGACACCGAGUCGUUCCGCUUCAGGACGAGAUUGCAGAGGCUCAACUCGAUUGAGGCGGCGUCAAGAGCAAAAAUCAACUUCCUGGAGCAGCUCAGCAUGUUCCACAUGCAGCAGGGAGACUCGAAGGCGCACAUCCCCGUCAUUGAUCGCAAGCUCUUGGACCUCUGGAGGCUGCGCAAGGAGGUCAACAAGCUGGGUGGCAUCGACGAGGUCAACCGCCUCAAGGCCUGGACAAAAAUCACAGAUCUCUUGGGGUACAAUACGACGUCUUCACCGCAGGUCAAAGCGGCCUAUACACGCAUCAUCCUGCCAUUUGAGCUCUUUGCUCUGCGUGCGAAGAACUCGCCAGACUCCCCGUUAACCCCCCUCCCUCAUGCUAGCGCGAAUGGGAAACAGCACUCGGCACCGCCUGCCUCGGGCAAGAUGUCCCCUGGCACACCGACGACUGCACCGCAGGGUCGCAUGAAUGGCAUGCGCCCUUCUCCGCGCACGUCGCCCCGCGGGCGGAUGGGCUCGCUGUCGUCCGCCCCUUCAGUUCUCAACUCCAUGGCAACGGGCGCUGAGGCUGGACCGUCGUCUACAUCCGCAUCCGGCGCACUCGGUCCAGCGGCCAAGAUUCGAAUCACGAUUCCGGCUGGCAUGGGCCAGGCCAAGGCUAGCAGUAGUCGCAGCAGCGAUACUGAGCUGAGUGAACUCACCGAAUUGAGUGAUGUCGAGUCUUCGAGAUCUGGCUCCAACACCUCAUCGCCAGAUGGCCCGACCAAAUAUGAAAAGGGAGAGGUUUGCGAGAUCUGCGGCCUUGGAAAUCACGCCUCCAAGAUCCUUCUUUGUGAUGGAUGCGACCGCGGUUUCCACACGUACUGCUUGGAUCCACCACUAGCGUCUGUUCCAGCAAACGACGAGUGGUUCUGCACAGCGUGCCUGCUCGGAACAGGUGACGACUACGGCUUUGAUGAAGGCGAAGACCACUCCCUCCCGACCUUCCAGGCCCGAGAUGCGGCUUUCACAGAAGCCUGGUUCAACAGAUUUGCCCAGAACCACUCCACCCCAGGACGGUUCUCGCGCCAGGUCGGCAAUAUCUCUGUCAGCGAAGCAGAUGUAGAACGCGAGUUCUGGCGCCUUGUGGAGAGCCAGGACGACACCGUGGAGGUGGAAUACGGUGCAGACGUGCACUCGACUACACACGGUAGCGCCGCACCAACCCUCGAAACCAACCCCACGAGCGCGUUUGCUCACGACCCCUGGAACCUGAACAACAUGGCCAUUGUUCAGGACUCGCUGCUGCGAUACAUCAAGUCUGAUAUUUCGGGCAUGACGGUUCCUUGGAUCUACGUCGGCAUGCUCUUCUCGACCUUCUGCUGGCACAAUGAGGACCACUACACGUAUAGUGUCAACUACAUGUUCUGGGGCGAAACCAAGACGUGGUACGGUGUUCCUGGAGCCGAUGCGCACAAGCUCGAGGCGGCCAUGAAGGGCGAGGCACCAGAGCUGUUUGAGCAGCAACCAGCAUUGCUCUACCAGCUGGUGACAAUGAUGAACCCCGGCCGGUUGAAGCAGGAGGGCGUCGAUGUCUACGCUUGUGACCAGCGACCAAACGAGUUUGUCAUCACCUUCCCCAAGGCGUACCACUGUGGCUUCAACCACGGCCUCAACUUCAAUGAGGCGGUCAACUUUGCCUUGCCUGACUGGCUUCCUGAGGGCAAGGAGUCGGUUGUCUGUUACAAGCAGCAUUCCAAAGCUCCCGUUUUCUCGCACAACGAGCUGCUGAUCACCAUCACGCUGUACUCAGACACCAUCAAGACGGCUCUAUGGCUGCAGGACUCGCUCAAAGGAAUGGUUGCGGACGAGAACGCUCGCCGGACGCGGCUGCGAGAGGCAGUACCCGAUCUGAAGGAGUCGCUGGUCGAAGAGGACGUUCCUGAGGAGCAGUACCAGUGCUGCGUGUGCAAGGGCUUCUGCUACCUCUCUCAGGUGACUUGCACCUGCACCAAGCUUGUGACAUGUUUGGAUCACGGGGAGCUCCUUUGCAACCACGACUGGUCGACCAAGAUACUCCGAAAGCGUUUCUCCGAGAAUCAGCUGGAAGAUAUCCUGGACGCCGUUGUCGCGCGAGCCUCGCAGCCUGAACAGUGGCAGGCACGCUUGGACUCUCUGCUUGAUGUUGCUCGUCCGCCACUCAAGGCCAUUCGACAGCUUGUGACCGACGGAGAGCGCAUCGCAUACCCAUUGCCCGACCUCGACGCGUUGCGGCAGUUCUCUACUCGUGCCUCCGCCUGGGUCGACCGCGCCAUCGCCAUUGGAACGCGUAAGAGCACUGGACGACGCCGCAAGGGCCGCCAGAGCGAGGGCGCAGAUGAUGAGGACGUCGAUCGCAGCCCUGAAGGCAUCAAGGCUCUCCUUGAUGAAGCGGAGCGCUUGGCCUUUGAUGCCCCGGAGAUCCUUCAGCUUAAGCAAACGCUUGCCUCCAUCGACAGUUUCCGCGCCCAGGCUCACGAGAUUCUCAACACACCCGACUCGGAGCUCACCUACCAGCAGUGUGAGACGGCCAUCAUUCUCGGCGAAAGCCUCAAUGUGGAGCUUCCAGAGGUCGCGUCACUGUCCACCAUCGCCGCGCGUCUGGAGUGGUACCACAAGGUCGAGGAGGAGGUCGACGACCGGGCGUUGCAGUACAGUGACAUCGUCAACCUUCUCGACGACGCGGAGCGGUUUGGCAUCCCCCAGGACCAUCAUGCGGUCCUUGAACUCCGGGCGCGCGAGCAGAAGGGUGCGCAGUGGAAGCACAAGGUCGACAACCUCCUGUCCUCGCAUUCGAUUGCAAUUAGCGACAUCAGCAACUUGAUCGAGGGACAGGAGUACACGCCUACUUCGCUCGAGACCAUGCGCAACCUUGAGAACAUGCGCAAGACCGCUCUGCAUUGGCAGACGACGGCCAACUCGAUUCUCGUUUCGAACGGAUCCAUGGCAUCCGCACAACGACUCGUCAAGGCUGUAAAGGCCUCCCAUGGCCCCCUUCAGCGCAUUCACAUUCCCGAGGUGACCAAGUUGCAAGGCGAGCUCGACUUUAGUGCCAAGUGGCUCAAGGAGGUCUCCGAGUACAUCAACGUGCCGGUCAACAAAGUCAACGCGUCGCUGUCCACUCUGCUCUCGGAGAUCGAGGGACACCUUGACCCGGAUGACGAUUAUCCAAACAGCCAGCACUCUUGCUUCUGCCGUGACGCUCCGACUGCCACCAUGGUCGUGUGUCAGACUUGCAACGGAUCGUAUCACCCCAAGUGUGUGGGUGUAAGCGCCACGAGCGCCCGUGCAGUCGCCACUGCGAGCGAGACAUUCCGCUGCCAGAUGUGUGAGAACCUGCAGUACGAUGACCGCCCAUCAUUGAAUACCCUCGGCGGCUAUGCGGACCCUGUCAAGUGGGCCUUUGUCAUCCGGCCCCCAGAGUUUGGGCUCCUGGAGACGACACUGGCCAUGGUGGUGCGCUAUUGCUCGCUGCUCGUUCCUCACAUCGACCCGUACAAGGUCGGAACAAAGGUCAAUGUCGAGCAGGUGUGCCACUUCCUCCGCAAGAUGUGGACCCUGCCCGUUGUUCUCGACGCGGUCAACAGGACCGACAACGAGCACGUCGUCUUCGAAGAGUGGCUCUACCGACGCCUCCGCGAGGGCCUGUCAAACGGCGUGUCAAACGGCAAGGUCGCCAGAACUCGUGCUCGGAGACCAAAGUUCCAGGUCAACGGCGUUUACCCGAAAGAGUUUGCUUGCCUGUGUGCCGGGGUGCCGCCACUUGACGCCCUGCUCACAGUGGAGUGCUCCAAAUGCGCACAGGGCUUCCACCUGUCGUGUGCCAAGGCCCCGCUGAGCGCAUUGCAGGGUACGCCUUGGCGCUGCCCCUUCUGCACGGUCAAGGACGGCAAGCCACCCAUCAAGGGCGUUGACCUCCGUAUCCAGAUGGAGGCCAAGGUCGGCACCGACGACUUCGUCGACUGGCGCAAGACGAUGGCCACGUAUGCCGAAGACCCUAUCGUCGUUCGCAUGCCGCCCAACCCCGACGCUGUGGUGCUCAUCUGCCACCGGUUCUUCCCGCCCGCGCUUCCAGACAACUUUGAGCGACCAGUCUGGGUUGAGCCGGAGGAGACGGACGGAAGGCGGAAGCGCAGGAAGACGGACCCGGCGCCACAGGCUGCUGCGGCGCCGAAGGUCGCACCGCCAGCCCCGGUUGCUCCACCACCUCCCACGGUGCAGCACCGCGACGCACCUCCGAACAAACCUGUUCCAGAGCGCCUACCGCACCAUGCGAACGGUACUACUAGUGCCCCAGUCGCCCAGGCUGCCGCCCCCGCCCGGCCCCUUCACCCCGCUGUCGUCGCCGCCGUCAACGGCGGUGCAUUCAACAGUCCUCCGCCAAACCCGGCCCCGCACAGCCAUCUCCUCCCACCACCACCCUCCUCGCACCAGCCACCUCCGCACCAGUCGGCUCCGCAUCCCUCUCAGAACCUCCCAGCGCAAAAUGUGCGCCAGAACGGCCGUUACUAUUACCCCACGCACUCGAUUGUGCCGUGGCAGAAUAGCGACAUGUUCUCCCAGUUCCAAGUGGCCGCUGGUGCAGGUGGUGCGGGCGGCGCAGGCGGCCCCUCGCCGCCACGCAACAACACGCACUCACAUUCGCCCCCGGGAACCGGAUCCCCCGACCACCCACGCACCGACGGGCCUCUGCCACCCGCCCGUCUGCCCCCUCCUCUCUCUGCGGAGCCUGCGGUCCCCACACUACCAGCCAAGCGUCCCCACCAUGCCCUCGAGGACGCCGCUGCGUCCAUUCCGGCGACUCUCCCGCCUGCACCCAUCGCCCACAGAUCGCCCCCGGCGGCUGCUGCUGACGUCGCUGGCCCGAGAUAGACGUCUCCCACCCCGCCAAUACUACAUUCACUUACCUUGCAGCCCAUGCUGGCUGCCCCCAUUGUCAUCGCGUGUUUCUAGUGUCCACUCACAGAGUGAUAUCAACGAUGCCUGUUCAUAUCUCAUAGGAGGAGUUGUGUGGCAUGUACUAGUACUUCUGAG